AUGCUCGUUCGCUCUGCAGGACGGAGACAACGGCGCCACACCUCACAGCACCUCGCCGCCUCCUUUGCACAACUACAUUUACCAUGGCUAGCUCCCGCCCAACUACGAUGGAGUGCAUUGCACCAGCCGACGACAACGACAUCGACAUCGACAUCCCGAAAUGCGCUGCGCUUUCACUCCACGCGAGUUCCUCCUACUGGCCAGUCUCGAGGCCUUGCGACAGCAGCCGAUCACUUGAGUGUGCAGAGCGGAGGGCACAUGGCAUCAGCUGCCUAUGGCGCCGGAUUCCGCAAUGCCACGCAAGAGAAGCCCACAUACCUGGAUUCAAAUGCAGAGCGCCAUGCAUUUCCGGACCUAUAUCGCGACUUCCAACCAAUAGUCAUGAAUACGGCCGUCAGACAGUUGCCUCAAGUCAAGCUGGGAGGUGCAAACAUCUCCAUUACGGAGACACUGACGCAUCUCAACACCAGUCUGCUGGUCGGGCGUAGGGAUAGGGCCGCACAGAUUUUGCAGCGUUUAGCUGAGACUUGCGCCCCCACAGCACCUGAGGUGGCUAUUGCACACACCACAUAUCUUGAGGAUGGACUGAAGCGUCUCAUGGCAUAUGGUAGAGAUUCGGCGCAGUCGCAGAUCAUGUUGAAGGAGAUGCAGAGGUGGUUUGAAGUCGAAAUUCGGGAUAAAGGAGUGCCGCUUGAUGCAAAGAUGAUUGUGGUCAUGAUUCGUGCGGUCAUCAGAGCACUGGCCGGCCCACGUCGUGAUAGGUCUAUAAGGAGAUACACUGAGCUCUCGGAAAUGCUCAGCGAAGAAAUGCUGUACGAUGUGCUACAAUCCGACGACUACGAUGACAUUGAGAUCCCGAUUCUGGAGCGCGCGGCGAAGGAUUACUUGGUGGAUCCGGAUGAGACGGAGACAGCGACUGAAUCUGUGUCUGCAGACGCCUCGGAAGUCGAAGCUACACGCGAGACGACCAGGCCUCCCACRAGUCGUGCAGGACGGGGCGAUGUCGAUCUACUGAGUACCCCUGCCGUACUUGCGACUGAGCAGAAAGGAGACGGUCUUGACAGCGUCAAGCAGAUCAUGAACAUUUUCAGCGAUAUGCCACUUCCUUCUGCAGAUGCUUCUCCCGAAGAGCAGGAGGCAAGUGCUAGGAAGCGGCAGGAAGCACUAGAGGGCCUAUCCGUUGAAGUCGCGAUGAACCGCUGGAGAGAGGCUAACAACAACUUAAAGAGCAAGGGCAUCACCCCAGCAAUACAAGGCAAACCAAUGGCCGCCAUGAUGUGGGAGUGGCGACAAUCCCUACUCACUGCGCUGCAGGAAGAACUAGUCGAGGUCAAAAAGGAGCUAAACUCCGAGGGCGCAAAGGAAAACGAUCGGCAUUUGUACGGUCCCUACCUCGAGCUGCUCCCUCUUGACAACAUCGCUGGUAUYACCAUUCUUGUUGCCAUGGCCAACAUGGCUCAAGGAAAGAGACCCGACAGUAGGAAAUUCGAGUCCGACGUUAAACUCGGACAGUUAAUUAUGUCAAUCGCGGACUCAAUCGAAAGUGAUUGCAAAACUGCUUCGUCUUUGAAGAAGGCGGGCGGACAACGAGCACCACCGACCAACGCUCUCAACGGAUCCCGUAAGCGGAAUGUGCGUACGUCGCAGGUGAAAGACGACACAGACAUGGCUCGUCCAAAGCGCAAGUCGAAGCUCACCAACCAACAGAUCCUGGCGGAGCUCGAGUGGCCGGUUGCCUUGAAACUGAAAUUGGGCGCCAUGCUCCUGUCGAAGCUCAUGGAAGUCGCCAAGCUUCCAGUAACACGUCAGGAUCCUCGAACRAAAGAAGACGUCCAUCAAAUGCAGGCAGCGUUUGUGCACAGGAUGAAGUAUCAACGAGGGAAGAAGAUCGGCUUGGUCGUGCCAAACACUGCGCUCAUUGACAAGCUUUCCAAAGAGCCGGUAGGCGAUCUGAUUGCUAAGCGGAUGCCAAUGGKUUACCCACCGCAGGAGUGGACAGGUUGGACAGAGGGUGGCUAUCUCAACACAACAACCCCCAUUCUCCGCCUGCCACAUGGCGACAAAGACGGACGACGGUAUUUCAAGGAAGCCGACAAACGGGGUAGGCUUGGUUCUGUCUACAAAGGCCUGAAUGCCCUUAGCGGUGUGCCGUGGAGAAUACAUCCUGGGGUUUUCAAGGUUCAGCUCGAGGCUUGGAAUAGCGGAGAAGAAAUUGCCAACUUCGCCCCCCUCCGCCCUGAUACGCCAUACCCACCUGAGCCCGAAGACUCCGAGAAUCUCCACGCACGCUACAAGUGGAUUGCCGAAGUUCGUGAAAUCAAGAACAAGAUGACUGGGCUGCAUUCGAAACGUUGCUUUCAAAACUUCCAACUCGAAAUCGCGAGAACUGUUGUGAAUGAGACGCUCUACUUUCCCCACAAUCUUGACUUUCGUGGGCGGGCGUAUCCCAUUCCACCAUAUCUCAAUCACAUGGGCGCGGAUAAUGUUAGAGGCUUGCUAGUAUUUGCUGAUGGUAAGGAGCUGGGUGAACAAGGUCUGAGGUGGCUGAAAAUUCAUCUUGCUUCUGUUGCGGGUCACGACAAAGCGAGCAGCAAGGAACGCGAGGAGUGGACAGAUGCACACAUGGACGACAUCAGAGACUCUGUUCGGAAUCCACUUGGCGGUCGCAGAUGGUGGCUCAAGUCGGAAGAUGCAUGGCAAACGUUAGCGGCGUGCUUCGAAUUGACACAAGCGCUGGAUUCGCCCGAUCCGCUAAAAUUUGUAUCGCAUUUGCCAGUCCAGCAGGACGGGACUUGCAAUGGUUUACAACAUUACGCAGCGUUGGGCGGCGACAGUGCCGGAGCAGCGCAAGUCAAUCUUGUGCCCGGAGAACGUCCCGCCGACGUCUACACAGCCGUCGCUGAUGCCGUCCGGGCUGAGGUCGAAAAGGAUGCAGAGGCUGGGGACCUCAUUGCCCUCACGCUUCGAGGUCGUCUCACCAGAAAGUGCGUGAAACAGCCAGUCAUGACCAACGUGUACGGUGUAACUUUCUACGGCGCCAAGGAGCAAGUUCGGAAGCAACUCGAGGUGCUGUUCCCCGAAGUCAAGCCCUACGGAGUGGUGAACUUGGGCAACAUGAGCCAUUACGUGGCUACAAAGAUUUUCAAGUCUCUCGGAUCCAUGUUCAAGGGAGCGCAAGCAAUCCAGAGUUGGUUGGGCCAAUGUGCGGACCGGAUAUCCACUUGUCUGUCGGCAAAGGACAUUGAAGAACUUAUGCGCCAGCAGAGAACUGCCGGACCGCGACCUAGGAAGGCCAAGAAGGCAAAGGCCGCCAAACCCAAGAGAGCAAAGAAGCUGAAGAAGGGUGAAGUGGCUCCAGUGGAGGAAGAGAUUCUACUAAAUAAAGAAGAGGAGCAUCAAGAGGUGGCCCAAUCCAUCGAUGAGAAGACUCAGGAGUCAGGCCAGCCCGUGAACGAGCCACUGCUGGCCCACGCGUCGACUGAUGGCAAGACCGCGAAGCCUCUUUUCCAAUCCCUCGUGGUGUGGACUACGCCUCUGCAGCUUCCUGUAGUGCAGCCCUACCGAACGUCCAAAGCGAAGAACGUUGCCACAACGAUGCAGGGUGUGACUGUUCAUGACCCGCAUCCCACUGACCCGGUCAGCAAGAGGAAGCAGCUGCAAGCAUUCCCACCUAAUUUCAUUCAUUCCCUUGACGCAACGCACAUGCUGCUGAGUGCUGCAAAGUGCAAGGAAAACGGCAUGACAUUCGCUAGUAUCCAUGACUCUUUCUGGACUCACGCAUGCGACGUCACGGCCAUGAGCGAACAUCUUCGAGACGCCUUCAUCGAGAUGCAUCAAGGUGACAUCAUCGAGCGGCUGCGCGACGAAUUCCAGGUCAGGUACAAGGACCGCAUGUAUUUGGCGCCAGUGAUAGCAACAAGUAAAGUCGGGGAGGCAAUAACUGCUCGGCGUACAGAGCUGAAGAAUGACUCAUCGAUAAAAGACAGUGAGCUUGCGCUCGAGUACAAAAGAAUGCGCCUGCUCAACAGUGCGGAUCCAGAGGAGGUGGCGAAGGGCAAGGCAAUGGUGACGCCGGGAAGCAUAUACCUGGCAGAACCCGAUAAGGCUGCAUUUGCAACGCCAUUUGAGAUGGAAGGUCAAACGCUUGGAGCCAUCCCAGGCAGUAGGAACCAGGUCCAUGAUAUUGAUGAAACGUCAAACAUGGCUUCAGAAGCAGACCACAGCGAUGAGGCCGACGCUAUGGAGCCGGAGGAUUUGCCCGAAGUACUUCCCGAGGCGGAGCUUGACGAAGUGCCAGAGGCCGCUGAGAUGCAUUUGGACGAUACCCAGCYUACGACUGCAGCAAAGCGUAGCAAGCCAUCGAAGACAUCUCGGAAGCUCUAUGUGUGGCUUCCACUGACAUUCCCUGAAGUGCCAGAAAAGGGCGACUUCAAGGUGAAGGACGUGAGGAAGAGCACAUACUUUUUCCACUGA